AUGGCCGGUGACAAGAUCAACCUCAGCUUCAAGGACACGUUCCGGCUAUUCAACAAGCGUCUGAUCCUGACCUGCGUCCUCCUGGGCGUCUCUCCCUUCAACUAUGGCUUCGACAACCAGGGCUUCUCCUCUAUCCAGUCGAUGGAUGCCUUUGACAAGCAGUUCGGCGAGUGGGAUCCCAAGAAGAAGACCUACUACCUUCCGACCUGGUGGCUCUCCAUCUUCAACGCUGUGCCCUUUGUUGCCUUCUUCUUCGGCAUUCUCACCGGAAGUAUGAUCAGCAAACGCUUUGGCCGUCGGAUGUGCGUCUUUGCCAUGAGCUGCUGGGCUCUCAUGUCGGCCUCGGUCAUUAUCUCGUCCAGGAACAGGGACCAGAUGCUUGCUGGCCGUAUUCUGAACUUCUUUUAUGUCGGCAUGGAAUUGUCAGUCAUCCCGGUCUACCAGUCAGAAAUCACGCCCAGGGCUGUGCGUGGUUUCUCGGUUGGCGCCUACCAUACCGCACUCGUCAUCGGUGGCCUUGUCGUCAACUGCAUCGGCAGUGGCACUCAGCAUCUCGAGGGCAACAAGCAAUGGCUCAUCCCCUUCGGCCUGUUCUUCACCGUCCCCACUGUAGUCGUCUCUACCAUCUGGUUCCUCCCGGAGUCGCCCCGUUGGCUCAUUCUUCACGAUCGACUGGAGCAGGCUCGCAAAAACCUCCACUCUCUCCGUGUCGGCGCCUUUAGCGAGGAGGAAAUCGAGGAGGAGUGGCAGCAGAUGGUUCGGGGUAUCCACGCCGAGCAGGCUCAAGAGAAGGGCAGCUAUCUGGACCUGUUCCGCGGCUUCAACCGCAGGCGAACCUUGACCAUUAUCGGAAUUAAUAUCUUCUUGCAGGGAACUGGACAGCAGUUUACCUCGACGUAUGGUGCCAUCUUCGUCAAGGAGCUCGGCACGAUCAACCAGUUCUACUACCAGAUCUUGACGUUGUGUCUCAACAUUGGCAUUGGCUUCUGCACCAUGUAUCUCCAGGACCGAAUCGGGCGCAGGGUCCUUCUGUUCACCGGCGGCACUAUGCAGACCGUAGCCCUGAUGGCGAUGGGCGGCAUCGGCACCAUGAUGCCCCAGACAUACUCAUCCAAGUCGGCCGUCGUGGCCAUGAUGAUGAUCUACGGCUGCGGUUACAGUAUUGGCUGGGCGGCUGUGUCGCAGACGCUGAACGCCGAGCUCUGCAGCACGCAUAUGCGCGACCACUCCUUCCGGACUGCUUCCAUGACGGCCAUUAUUCUUCAAAUUGCCGUGACCUACGCCCUCCCUUACCUCCUCAACGCGCCAUACGCCAACCUCAAAUCCAAGGUCGGCUUCAUCUUUGGCGCCGUAUCUUUCAUCGGCAUCUUUUACACGUACUUCUGCGUCCCCGACUGCCGUGGGCGGUCUCUGGAGGAGAUCGACCGUCUGUUCUACAACAAGGUCCCGGCCUGGAAGUUCCACAAGGUCAAGAUGGACGAGUUGCAGCCCAUGGAGGAUGAGAUUGGCGAGAUUGAUGACAUGAAGAGCAAGAGCGGCGUGAUUGUCCACGAGGAGAAGGCUUAG